GAAAAGGAAGUGAAGUUAGGAUAGAUUGUAAACAUUUUUAACAAUAGCAGCAGCCUCUGCCUUAUAACGUUUGCCUGUGACGUGUGUUUCAAACAAAAUGACAGAUCGACAUCGCCAGUCGGGGAAUUUGAUUGAAGGCAUUGGAAAUGACGUUCUUUUGGGAGUUGGUGCUUUGUUUGGUGCACUAAUCCCAAUGUUUAUCUUUGUUACCAGAAGACAAACGCAAGGAACAGAAAUCCACCCAGACAGUGUGGAUAAUGUUGAGACAACCAGAGAGCAACUGCAUCAAGCAUCCGAGGGUGCUCAGGGACGCAACUCUCAACGUCGAGCCAACCACAGGAAUGAUGGAGAACUUCAGUGCCCUAUUUGUUUAGGAUCGGCUGCUUUUGCUGUAGAGACAAACUGUGGCCAUGUUUACUGCGGCCACUGUAUGAUCACCUAUUGGCAACACCAGACCUGGUUGGGUGCUGUCAGGUGUCCUUCAUGUCGCACACAGGUGUCACUGCUUUUGCUGAACUUCACGGCAGAAGAGCAUGCGUCAGAGAGUGAUGAAAGGCGCGAUGUGAUUGAAAAGAUUAAUGCAUACAAUCGGAGAUUUUCUGGAGAACCAAGAUCGAUUCGAGAAUACUUACAAGAUCUUCCUACUUUGCUACGUCAUGCAUUUCACGAGUUCUUCAGUGUAGGAGGUCUCAUGUGGAUGUUCAGACUCCGGAUCGUCAUUUUGGUCUUCGGUGCACUGCUAUAUUUGAUUUCGCCUCUUGAUAUUCUCCCAGAAGCUGCUUUUGGCAUCAUAGGGUUCUUGGAUGAUUUUUUCAUUAUUCUUUUGCUGGCCGUGUACAUCAGUAUAUUUUAUCGUCAAAUUGUUGCUGCCAGAGGCGGAGCAGCAGAAUGAAUGGAAUGAAUAUAAUUUAGUAGUAAGAGCUCCCUAACCCUUUUCUCAACCAGGUGAUGACUUUUAAAAUGGUGUUUUCCAGCAACAGUAGGCCACGGCAUAAUUCACGAGUUUGGCAUACUUAGAUUCAACCUCUCAUUGUGAAUGAAGUAACUGCAAACAUAGAUCAUGCUAAUUUAUUUUUUUUACCAAAGUGUAAGAGAUUAGAGCCCCUUAUGUCUUUGAUGUUAUAUGAGUUUUCCGAUUUGGUACAGUAAGUCCUUUGUUGUAGACAGAUAAGAUUGUGCAGCAUUUCUAUCAUGUUUUCAUAUUCUGCGACAGUAUGGGGUUUAGUUAAAACAUAUGCUAAAGAAGAGAAAGUGUUUGUUGAAAGAGGUGUGAGGCUUGAAUAGAACUAAGAAUGAAUGUGACUGUAUUGCAAGGUGUGUUUGUCAGAAAACCAGUCCUCCCUGAAGUAGGAUGUGCCAUAAGGUAAGAGUUAUAGGUUUGAUAGGCUUGAUGUGCUUGAUGUGUAUGAAAUAUGUUUUUAAAAAAAUAGUUUUGUCCAUUUUCUUCCAUUAUUGUAUUGAACCUGUCAGUCUGGAAGUUAUGGAUGGUUGGAUGAUACCCAAGAUAGGCCUUACUUUUUACUCAUGGCCUGUCUGUCUGUCUGUUUUGCUUGUUUUAGAGCAUGCAAUGGCUGACGCUGUGUACAUGGACUUCUCUUUUCUCAAACCUAGUCUCUAGCACUCUUUAACAACCUGAUUGUGUUGAUAUAGGCAUCUUAACCUAUACCAUUUUUGUCUAUAGCACAUAAUAUUCUGUUCUGUAGUUUCCUUUUUCAUUUAUCUUUUGCAAGAUAUUCUGAUAGCAGUUUUCACCAUGUCCCAGGACUGUGACGUUAAAUGAGGGCUCUGUAGUUUACUGUACAAUUUGUGCUGCUGUAAAUCUUAAUAAUUACGGGAGUCUGUCAAGUGCCCCAUGAGGUCAAGAUACGUUCUAUUUAUUCUGCUUCAUUUUUGCCGCCCAUUACCAAAGUUGCAAUACUUCCUGAAUUAUGUGUAUUUAUUGUGUGGUAGUUUGAGCAAAAUGUGAAUGUAAUUGUUUGUGAAAUGGAAAUUUCGUAUGUAUGUGCUCUUUAUGGGUUUUGGAAAAGUUCAAAGGUCUCUUUGGUAUUUGUUCCUGUUUCUUCUUUUUUGACAGGCCGUAGUAUGAACCAUGGACAAACUAUGGUCUGCGGGCCAAAUCUAGAUGGCAAGCAAUUUGUCUGGCCCUCAAGUUGACUCAGUAAAUAGUCAUGAAUAUGGUAGGCUAUGAAUUAAUUGAUAAAAAACAAAACUGCUCAUCUUGAAAAUCAAAAAUCAUAGUUUCCAGCCCAGCUGUCAGCAAUGGAUCUUAUAUAAUUUAUCUCAUGAAAUGUCCUUGAGUGGCGUAUGUUAUUGUGUCAGUUUUCGU